AUACACAUUUUUUGUGGCAAUUCUCAGUUUUGUUUCAGUUUUGCCCAAGUAUUCAAGAUGUGCGCUGAUGUAGUACGAAAGAGGUCGAUGCGUCGCCUGAUGUUCGACCAAGAUGAGCUCAACAAGAACCCUGUUGAGAAUGUUUCAGCUGUACCGCUGGAUGAAGACAUGUUUGAGUGGCACUGUAACAUUAAACAAGAUGACAUCAUAUACCACCUGCUGCUGUUCUUCCCCAACAACUAUCCAUACGACUCCCCAAGUGCUGAGUUUGUUCCUUCUGGCUUCCAGUACAACAGUGGAGCAACCAAACCAGGAAAACGAGGGACAAAAAUAUGUCUGAACAUUUUCAGUGACUUUGCUGACAUUCAUACAGAAUGGGCUGAUCAGAAGGCCCUUGGAUGGUCCCCUGGAUAUACCGUCCAGACUGUUCUGAUGAACGUCAUCUCAUUUCUGGCUGAGACUCAGGCAUCUGACUGGGCUUGGAUGAAGGAAGCCAAUAGCCACAACCUCAAACUGUCCAAAAGCUUCACGUGUAAAGAAUGUGGCCACACAUACAAGAAGCCCUAUCCUUCUUUAGAAACCAAACCAGCUGCUAAAGCCCCGAAGGUCAAGGAUGAUGGUAAGCCUGAAAUUGUCGACUACAUCUCUAAGGAUCGGUUUAAAGUUGCGAAGCCAAAAUCACAGAAUGAUUUGUACGGUUAUGGGCUGGUUGUGUCGGGCCCUCCAAGUAGACCCUCCCUGACCACGCCAUGUGAGUUCCUGACGGGAGAGUCCUACUGCGGGAUGCUGAAGUCCAUGGGUAAGGUUCAGAGUGUGAUGAAGGAGGACCUGAAGUACUUCCUCCCUCUCUACAUCCACCCUCUCCAUGGCAACGAGAUCCAGCCAACAUUUGAAGCCACGAUGAAGGAGUUGGCCCAGCUGUUGCUAAGCUGCAAGAGAAAGACGGUGGCCGAGAUGGUUCUGAAAGUCAUACCAAACCUCAUGAGUGCCACCGUUGUUGAGUUCUCCAAGGGAACCCAGCACACCAGUGAGAACAGUCUCAAUGGCUAUUUUGCUCUGCACCGGCUACUGCUGUGGGCUAUGGAGAUCUACACCGAACUGCAGGACAUUGUAGAAGAGAGGCUGAAGGUCUUCAUUGAUUCUGAGACAAAUCGAACCAAGAGAGCGUGUCCUCAUAUUGGGGAAUGGCUUCUUCUUCUCACAGCAUCCAGCAAGUACAGAUGGUCGGAUGCAGCUCAUGCCUACCUGUCAGAGUCAUUCAAGCGGAACGUGAUGUGGUACGUGAAGGACGAUGCACAGCUGGGUUAUGUGGACACCGACAUGGACUACCGCCUGACCAACACCCUCACCCGCACCGCCGUCAGCAGGAAGCUCCUCGCCUUCCAGGUGCUGUUCCUGGAUAUUGCAAUGCCUGCUGGAAAAUCCCGAAAGGAGCUCCUGAAACGCUACGAUGAAAACCACGGAUUCCCCUCACCAGACAUGGUGAAGCAGAUGAAAGGAGCCGUGCAGCAGAUCAACGACAUGAACACUUACGAUGACUGGUACAAGCUCCUGAAGCUGAAGCCCCCAACCAAGAAGGAACUGUUCGACCGACUGGUCAAGGCUGUCAAGUUCUCUAUCCAGACCGAUGGCUAUAAGUGGACAUUUUGGAAGACUGCAGGUGGGUGGAACCAGGUCCUCAAACGUUAUCCAGGUGGCAAGAUUCCAGGGGAACCAGAUCCACCCAAGAAAGAACCCAAAGGUAAAGGGAAGAAGGCAGAGGAAGAGGAAGUGAAGAAGCCAACGGGGCGAGGCAAGGGUAAAGGUCCUGCCAAGGGGAAGGCAGCAGCAGUUGAAGAAGAUGAAGAAGAAGAGGAGGAGGAAGAGGAAGUGAAGAAGCCAAAGGGGCGAGGCAAGGGUAAAGGUCCUGCCAAGGGGAAGGCAGCAGCAGUUGAAGAAGAUGAAGAAGAAGAGGAGGAGGAGGAAGUGAAGAAGCCAAAGGGGCGAGGCAAGGGUAAAGGUCCUGCCAAGGGGAAGGCGGUCGUAAAGGGGAAGAAGGGGAAGAAAGUGGAAGAGUCGGAACCAGAGGAGGAAGAGAUGGAGGUUGUGAAGCCAGCCAGAGGAAGAGGAAGAGGAGUGAAGAGGACAGCCGAGGAGGCCAAGGUUGGGGGAAGAGGAAGAGGAGGGGCAAAGAAGAGGCGAUAGAGAAGUUUGGAGAAACAAUUGGUUUGAGAUGAGCUGAGGACGGACAGCACCAGUGUUCAGAUCAGAUCAAUUCCCAUCAUUAAGUGUGCACUAGACUGUAGUUUGUAUAACUGUCAUCUUGGAUGUUUUAUGCACUGUGUGUUUGUGUUUUGUGCCAGAAAUCAUUUGACAAGAAGGCAUUGAGAACAUGACCUGAAGCUCUGUACUGGAAGCACUGCAGGAUCGGUGAGAUCUAACAGACUAGCCAGCGCCACUCAGUUCUGUGAUAACAACAAGAAUAUAUAUUUCAUUUUAACUUAAAAAGUUUUGAAAUGUUUCAAGCAAUUUUCAUGACAUUUCAGGAACUGUGUUUUCAAGUGGUCUAAAGACACUGCAAGAUAUUGUGGUGCUAGCUAAACCACUGCCAUGUAUGAAAGGGGCCUUAACUUCACCACAUCUGAUGAUACGAUUUCAUCACAUCAAACAAUAGCCUUCACUCAACAUGAUUCUUUAUUCUCCACAAGAUCCAGUAUGUCCCUAGUAGUCCAAUCAGUUAAUAUAUCCAGUGGCUUAAUCUGUACUUGGGCACCAGGGCAAACUGUGGGAGGUUUGUUUGUUUCUGGAGGGUUCUGAAAGGCAGUAACAUACUUAUGACUUUUUCACAUUCCUAGGUGAAACUGGUCGGAAUCUACUGUCGUCCUUGUGGCGUGAAUACAAGUUGGUUACAAAAUUGCAUUACAAGGCUUAUUUGUCACAGAAUUGCAGCACUUGUCUUUUUUGUAGAUGUUUAGAAUACAUUCCUUCAGUUGUCUGUUUGUAGAUGUUUAGAAUACAUUCCUUCAGACAGAAAACCAAUUUCCUUUACCAACAUCAUACUUCAGGCUUUUCACCAGAGGAUUCAUAUUUUAGAAGUUUUCAUGGGACAAUUUCACCUGCCUCGUGACAUCAGUUUAUGUUUGAUAUUUGUAUGUGAUGUUUGAGCAGGAGGUACAUUCAGAAGGGUGUUGUGUGUGUGUGUGUGUGUGUGUGUGAUCCCUCUGAGGGAGCAUCCAGUUCACUCAUAGUGUUCAUGCAGCAAGUAAUUCAUUCAUUUUUUACUGUUAAGACCGGUUUGGCAGUUGGGUGUUCACAGAGACCAUCUCUGGGUGUUCAACACCAAACCUGAAAUUCUCUAUUGCCACCACCAUCAACAAUUCAUCAUUUUAUGUCUGUUUCUGAACAAACUUAAUAUUUUGAUAAAUAAUUACCGUCACUGACCUGAAAUAGAUGUUCCCAAAGGGAGGAAACUGCUGCAUGACAAUAAACUGUAUCUGUUAUCAUGUUAUUUAAUUUCCAGUUUCCUUAUUACUGUUUUUCAAAAUAUUUCUAAUAAAUUAAAGAAAUUAA